UCUGCUUGGUCCCCUAUGGGGUGGGAGUCUGGGUGGCUUGCGUACCCGUCUUUAGAGCAUGGUCUGGGAACCAAGAGCUGGGUAAGGACUGCUGCCCUCCCAUCCCUGGCAGGUGGUCCAGAUGACGAGUUUGACUUCAAGAUGUAUAUUGCCUUUGUAUUCAAGGAGAAGAAGAAAAAAUCAGCACUUUUUGAAGUGUCUGAGGUUAUACCAGUUAUGACAAAUAAUUAUGAAGAAAAUAUCCUGAAAGGUGUGCGAGACUCCAGUUAUUCUUUGGAAAGUUCCAUAGAGCUUUUACAGAAAGAUGUGGUGCAGCUCCAUGCUCCUCGAUACCAGUCUAUGAGAAGGGAUGUAAUUGGCUGUACUCAGGAGAUGGAUUUCAUUCUUUGGCCUCGGAAUGAUAUUGAAAAAAUUGUCUGUCUCCUGUUCUCUAGGUGGAAGGAAUCUGAUGAGCCUUUUAGGCCUGUUCAGGCCAAAUUUGAGUUUCAUCACGGUGACUAUGAAAAACAGUUUCUGCAUGUACUGAGCCGAAAGGACAAGACUGGAAUUGUCAACAAUCCUAACCAGUCGGUGUUUCUCUUCAUUGACAGACAGCACUUGCAGACUCCAAAAAACAAAGCUACAAUCUUCAAGUUAUGCAGCAUCUGCCUCUACCUGCCACAGGAACAGCUUACCCACUGGGCAGUUGGCACCAUUGAGGAUCACCUCCAUCCUUACAUGCCAGAAUAGAGUGCUGACCAGCAAAAUGGAGAAGAUCAGAGAGUGCAGCAGCAAUUUUUUUUUCUUACCACUUGAUUCUUUCAGAGUUUAAAGAAAAAUGGACUCAUGCACAGAACACUAUGCAUUUUGAAACUUGUUCAUCCUGGAUUUUUUUUUUUAAUCAUUUGUAUCUCAGAACUUAAAUUAGAUGUCUUCUGCACGGACUGUGUGAAAGAAGAUGCUUUGCAUAUUUGCUGCACUGCAUCAGCAUCUUACUAAAAAUGUGAAAUGAAAGGACUAUUGUACACUGAAAUGCUUAAAUGUUUCUGAAAGCACAAGGUGAUACUCAUUUUUGAUGGUCUUUCCAUUUGUGCUGGUGUUGGCCUCUUUGACACCUGUCAUCAGUAUUUGGAGGGUGAGAAGUGAAUGUAACAGGUAUAAACAACGUUUUUAAAACUUACAGCUUUGCUAUAAUCACCGUUGUUCAGAGCAGUAUCAGAUUCAUUCUAAUGGCCAAAAGUGGUUGUUUAAAAAAGAAAAAGAAGAUACAACCAUAGGAAAGAAAUCUUUAAAAAGCAUCUCAUUGUAGGCAGUCUUGCCUCAUGUAUUACUGGGUCAUGUUUGUUUCCUGGUACUCAUAAAUGUAUGUAUUUUAUUUCCAGAUCUCUUUCCCCAAGUUGCUGUUACGAAAGAGGAUUCUGCCGAGUGUGCACACAGUUACACACGUUAAAGCAGAUCUGGAGUCUGAAGUAGCUAAGCGGCUCUGAAACAGAAAUACAUUCAUAGCUGCAGAAACCACAAUAGGUAGAGGACUGUCCUUUUGGUUUUUGUUUUUUGGUUUUGAAAAGAAGAGAUUUUUAUUAUAAAGAAAAACAAUUCCAGUGAAUUGUGCAGAAAUACUGGUUUUUACACCAUCCUAAAGGAAAACUUAGGGGUUUUUUUGAUGUAGAAAUGUUAUUAAAGUUGGGAUCUUAAAUUGUGCGGGGAGGAAAAAAAACACCAUUGAGUGUCAAAAUUCUAAAAGCAGAACUCAUUUUGUGCAAUGAACAUAAGGAAAGACUACUGUAUAGUUUUUUUGUUUAUUUUUCUUUUAAAUGAAGAAAAGCUUUGCUUAAGGGUUGCAUACUUUUAUUGGAGUAAAUCUGAAUGAUCCUACUCCUUUGGAGUAAAACUUAGUGCUUACCGGUUUCCAAUUGUAUUUAGCUUCUGGUUGGAAUUUGAAUAAAUGAAAACCUAAAUAAAAUAGGUGAAAGUUCCCUGACUAUUCAGGUGAAUACACAAAA